CAAGGCUCACUUGGGCGUUAUCGUCCUCUAGGCGACGUGUUAAACCGUGUCAAUUCCUUGUUUUCGCCUGUGGUCUUUUAGGCCAACGAGUUGGGGGGGAUAAAAAGAUAUGUUGCAUCAGAAUGCGUUUUGAUAUGGGGAUGUAAUCUGAUGCGAUGAACACUGGGCAUUCAUGUGUGGAAAAACGGGUGGCCUAGCCUCACCUUUCAAGCUCGUCAACCCUAUAGGGAGUCCCACCUUCCAAAACACUGACGAGGAAAUCACGCUACUCGCUUGCCAUCCAGCAGCCGAUUGAAGCGCGCACUUAGCGUUUGGACACCCUUCUUCUCUCUCUGCUUUUUGCCACCGCUCUUUUGAAGAUUUUAGAAAAUAUCAAGUAUAAGCGGGGAAACCAUCAUCGCGACCACAUUCAUUAAGGGGCGUUACGGAGAGAGAGAGUCGGACAAGUGUAACAUAAGUGAUCAUGAAAGACCGCACGCAAGAACUUCGACAGGGGAAGGAGACUGAGGAGGAAGAGGAGGUGGCCGUGGGCGUGGACAAAGGCUUCAUGGAUGAAUUCUUUGAGCAGGUGGAGGAGAUCCGUGUCUUCAUUGAGUCUCUGGCUGAGAAGGUGGAGGAGGUGAAGAGGAAACACAGUGCCAUCCUGGCUGCACCCAACCCCGACGAGAAGACGAAGGGGGACCUGGAAGUUCUGAUGACGGACAUUAAGAAGUUGGCCAAUAAAGUUCGCUCCAAACUAAAGAGUAUCCAACAGACCAUUGAGCAGGAGGAGAGUCAGAACAAGUCUUCAGCUGACCUGAGGAUACGCAAGACACAGCACUCAACGCUGUCCCGUAAGUUUGUGGAGGUGAUGUCAGAGUACAACGCCACCCAGUCAGACUACAGGGAGCGCUGCAAGGGACGUAUCCAGAGACAGCUGGAGAUCACUGGGAGGAAUACAACAAACGAGGAGCUGGAGAGCAUGUUAGAGAGCGACAACCCAGCGAUCUUCACCUCAGGGAUCGUCAUGGACUCCAACAUCACCCAGCAGGCGAUGAACGAGAUCGAGACUCGACACACUGAGAUCAUCAAGCUGGAGAACAGCAUCCGUGAGCUACAUGACAUGUUCAUGGACAUGGCCAUGCUGGUGGAGAGCCAGGGGGAGAUGAUAGACCGUAUAGAGUACAAUGUGGAGCAUUCAGUGGACUAUGUGGAGAGGGCCGUGUCAGACACUAAGAAGGCUGUUAAAUACCAGAGUAAAGCCCGGCGGAAGAAAAUUCUGAUCAUUAUUUGCUGUGUGAUUCUGGGAAUCGUCAUUGCUUCUACAAUUGGAGGAUAUCUAGGUAUAGCCUGAGACACACACCGAACAUCACACAUACAGGUCUACAAGUGGGCCCGUUUCCCCUGAAUACAACACACACACACACACACACACACACACACACACACACACACACACACACACACACACACACACACACAUACAGGUGUACAAGUGGGCCCGUUUCCCCUGAAUACAACACACACACACACACACACACACACACACACACACAUACAGGUGUACAAGUGGGCCCGUUUCCCCUGAAUACAACACACACACACACACACACACACACAUACAGGUGUACAAGUGGGCCCGUUUCCCCUGAAUACAACACACACACACACACACACACACACACAUACAGGUGUACAAGUGGGCCCGUUUCCCCUGAAUACAACACACACACACACACACACACACACACACACAUACAGGUGUACAAGUGGGCCCGUUUCCCCUGAAUACAACACACACACACACACACACACACACACACACAUACAGGUGUACAAGUGGGCCCGUUUCCCCUGAAUACAACACACACAUACAUACAGGUGUACAAGUGGGCCCGUUUCCCCUGAAUACCACACACACACACACACACACACACACACACACACACACACACACACACACACACACACACACACACACACACACACACACACACACACACAUACAGGUGUACAAGUGGGCCCAUUUCCCCUGAAUACAACACACACAUACAUACAGGUGUACAAGUGGGCCCGUUUCCCCUGAAUACCACACACACACACACACACACACACACACACACACACACACACACACACACACACACACACACACACACACACACACACACACACAUACAGGUCUACAAGUGGGCCCGUUUCCCCUGAAUACAGCACACACACACACACACACACACACACACACACACACACACAUACAGGUGUACAAGUGGGCCCGUUUCCCCUGAAUACAACACACACACACACACACACACACACACACACACACACACACACACACACACACACACACACACACACACACACACACACACACAUACAGGUGUACAAGUGGGCCCGUUUCCCCUGAAUACAACACACACAUACAGGUGUACAAGUGGGCCCGUUUCCCCUGAAUACAACACACACACACACACACACACACACACACACACACACACACACACACACACACACACACAUACAGGUGUACAAGUGGGCCCGUUUCCCCUGAAUGCCACAUCAUGUGUUCCUCGGCACAAAGCUCAUUGUGAUCAAUUAUACACACACCGUGUACAGGACAAAGAUUGUCAUUUCUGCAUGACUUCCUUCUUUGUAAAUGUGUGUGUUUUCUGUAAAGUGUUUAUCUGAGUGUUGUGAAAGUUUUCUAAAUGUUUCCAAAAUGUAUUUUUUUAACGGGGGGGUGGGGGGGGUAAGAAACUACUGUUAUACAUACGAACACAUUCCAAACUUCCAAACGUUGUGUUGACUCCGUUUUGAAACGCUAAUGUAUCCUAACAAGCCACCACAUUUCAGACUUUUCCAGACACGGUUAUUUUGAUAAUCAAUGAAUGGUUAUAACCCAGGAUCUUACGCCUGCCAAACAAGUCAGUAGUGUUUUUUUUAUUUACUGAAAUUCCAUCAUUUUAGUUAUUACCGUAAUCUUGUUGUCAGUAGUGUUUAAUUUCUACGGUAAUUUCUUAGUUAUUACUGUAUUCUUGUUGUGUGACAUAGACAUAGACGCAGAAAGAAAGAAAUCCCUGCGCUACGGAGACUAAUACAGGACUAAUUCCUAAAACAUUUUUUCCAAAUGUUUUUGGUUUGUUAUUAUUAUUAUAAUGAAUUUGUCAGAGGUUGCUGCAGCAGCCUCAGUGCCCAUACUUCCAGCAGCCGGACACAGACUUGACUGACAUUAUAUUACACAUUUUAUGUCAUAUAUAUAAUAUUAAUAUAAAUUAUGUAAUAUGUAAUAUAAUCAUAUCAUAUAUUAAUAUAAUAGUAUGUCAUAUGUCAUAUAAUCUUAUAAUGUAAUCAUAUUUCAUAUUAAUUUAAUAUGAUGUAAUAUGUAAAUAUUAUAUUAUGUUUGAUAAUGAUGAGGUCAGUAAAACCUGGACAUUCUGCCCCUCUCACUGGGUUCCAUCGACCCUAACUCACAACACUGGGUUCCAUAGACCCUAACUCACAACACUGGGUUCCAUAGACCCUAACUCACAACACUGGGUUCCGUAGACCCUAACUCACAACACUGGGUUCCGUAGACCCUAACUCACAACACUGGGUUCCGUAGACCCUAACUCACAACACUGGGUUCCAUAACUCACAACACUGGGUUCCAUAGACCCUAACUCACAACACUGGGUUCCAUAGACCCUAACUCACAACACUGGGUUCCAUAGACCCUAACUCACAACUCUUGCACGGUUUAUUUCAAGAUACGGUGACGUUAUGUGUUCUGUGGGAAACUAAAGAGGAAAUGGAUGUGGAUGUGGGUUUGGUCGUUACUCAUGAGCAGUGGUGGAAAAAUAACCCGCUUGUCAUACUUGAGUAAAAGUAAAGAUACCUUAAUAGAAAAUGACUCAAGUAAAAGUGAAAGUCACCCAGUAAAAUACUACUUGAGUAAAAGUCUAAAAGUUGUUGGUUUUAAAUGUACUUCAGUAUCAAAAGUAUAAAUCAUUUAAAAUGUCUUAUAUUAAGUAAACCAUACAACACCAUUUUCUUGUUUCUUUUUAAUGUACGGAUAGCUAUGGGCACACUCCAACACUCAGACAUCAUUUACUAACAAAGUAUUUGUGUUUAGUGAGUCAGAUCAGAGGCAGUAGGGAGGACCAGUGAUGUCCUCUUGAUAAGUGCGUGAAUUAGACCAUUUUCCUGUCCUGCUAAGCAUUAAACAUGUAACGAGUACUUUUGGGUUUCAGAGAAAAUUUAUGGAGUGUACAUUAUUAAAUGUAUGAAAAUGUACAUUAUUUUCUUUCGGAAUGUAGUGAAGUAAAAGUAAAAGUUGUCAAAAAAUAUAAAUUGUAAAGUACAGAUACCCCCAAAAACUACUUAACUAGUACUUUCAAGUAUUUUUAAUUAAGUACUUUACACCACUGCUCGUGAUAUUGCUCCAUGCAGUUCCUGGCAAGGAGUCCGUAUUUCUACAUUUAUUAUUUUUAUUAUGUCACAUCCUAUUCUGGAAGGUCAAGACCCUCAUUUUAACGAUCACCAUCACAGCAUUCCAUAAUGCCUUACCUACUGUACAAUACUGCCUGCUGAAUUACAGUGUUGUGUGCGAGAGAGAGAGAGAGCAUUUUAAUGUCUGAACCAAUGUUUUUUUUUUUGUGUACAAAGUGUAUAUCAUUUGUCUGAGGAAUAGCAUCUACCACUGCCAAUGAUUGUAAAUAUACUGUUGAGAUGGAGUCUAGAUGGUUGGUCUCUAUUUGUUCUGCUCUGUGAACUCUGUCAUUUUAUGUUCCUGUUGAACUGCAUUUUAGCUUUAACAAAAAGGCUGGGAUUCAUUCAAACCCACCAUAGCAAUGUUUAGGCAAUGUCUUUAUUUACAAUAUUCAUCUCGUGUACACACACUUCUAAUUCUGAAACGUGAAAGCAUACCUGCUAGUAGGUGUAGGUUUUUAUACAUUACCCAAGACCAAUCUGACGUUAUUUGACCAUUUGGAGAGAGAAAAAAGCUACUGUGUAAAUAUUGCAAUGCGGGUUUGAUUGAAUUGAGCCCCAGGUAUUUUGUCCUACCAUUCUGCUCAGUUCUGUUUGGUUGGUCUGUGAGGGAGAAAAUAGAUUACAAACAAACCACAACCAUGAUGCCUACUCAACGUGUUGCCUUGGUGUUGUGAUGCUGUGUUAUGCUUUUGUUACCAUUAUUAAGUAAAGUUUGUCUGUACGUAA